AUGCUACAACACUCCGCCUCAGCCGUCUACCUGCCUCGGCGCCCGCGGGACUCAUCCUUGGGGCCGCGCACCUUCUCCACUACGAGCAUCGGUGGCAGCCCGAGCAGCAAGACCGUCCAUGGGGUACCUUUGCAGACUUCCUUGACGUCUUCGACUUCAACGCGUCUGGGUCUGUCGGAUGAGGAGACGUGCAGUAGGAGCGACGCUAGUUCCUGCCGCACUGCCCUCAUGCACCGCGCCAGCAGCUUCUUGGCUAGCCGCCGGGGUUCAUCGGAGGCAUUCGAAGACGCGUUAGAGUCUCUCGACCCUCCUCACCCCUCUGACGAACUCAACAAUGACUACUCUUCCUACGCGUUUGCUCUCAAGGCUCCCCCUUCAGACGCUGCCAGGAGCCAGGCGGGGUCGCCUCCCCGCGCCUCUGUGCAGAAAGUCCGUGCAGAAGCUCUUAAGCAACAAGCAGCAUCCCCAAGCAGAGAUGUACGCAGGACACUUAUAUGCUACAAAACGUCAUCCAUGCCCAGCAGCAGUGGCAGAAGCAGCGGGAACAACAGAGAGGAGGAAGCUGUAGAGGAAGCCAGAGAAAAAGUUGGCGAGAGUCUUGUCAGCACGAUCACACCUCAACCUAACACACAGGGCGGCGCAUCACAGCAAUCGAAAAAGGAUAAGGGGAAAGCAAAGCAGAAGGAGCGAUCCGCAGCAGCUGCAACAGUGGCGGAAACUGUAACUUCAAGCCGUUGCUUUGCGGAGGGCCACUCAGCUGCUUCUGAACGUGAUACAGGCUUUUCUGCCUUUUCUAGAUCCCCCAAGAGCUCCUCAGCACCAACUGCCCAUCGGAAAGAUGUUGGUGGGGCUCACGCUACUCGAGCAGCUUCUCAAGAGGCACGGAGAGUAGAGGUCCCUAGACGAGCCAUUGGCAGGUACUCUUCAGUGCCGGCGUUUUCAGCAGCAGAUCGUGUCAGGAUUGACCGUUUCAAGGAGGGUCUGCCAGAGUGCCUCAGCACGCAGGAGGCAAUAAAAAAGCAACGGAAGGCCACCGAGGAGGAGCGCAUGCGCAGACGUGAGGUGGGGCUUCCCGCUGCCUUCGGAGCGUCUGCUCUUGACUGCAGCACCGAUUUGGGGGAGCCAGUGGACUGGCGGUCGCUGUUAGACGCCGCCGGCCUCGGAGACGUGAGAGAGGAUGAAAUAACGCUUGAGGCAGAAGAGCUGCAUGCGAAGCUACAGGAGUUUGCGCCAAGAUCGGGGCCGGGCUGGUGCCUAGCCUUACUGGGUUGCUUAUGGCAGUGGCGGAUGUAA